AUGAGGAGUGGUGAUCUUCUAGCGGAGUGUGUGCAGCAGCUUCGAUCGUCCAAAUUCGAGUUCGAGGUGCUGUUAGGCGCGUCUGUGACGAGUGUGUGGCAGGCUCUGGGGCGUCAUGUGGCUCGGCAGUUAUCGCAACGGAAAGGGGUAUCACUCCAGCAGUUUGGCAAGUUCGGGUUCUACAAGGCGCAGACGUCCAUGCUGCCUGCUACACCAGUUUUCCUCCUAUCGGAUCGCUUCACUUCAACGUACGGCGUCGUAUGGCGCCAUCGUUCAUUACCAGCGCCACUCACUGCAACGGCUGAAAUUAGCAUGGCAGCUCUCGGAAAUGAAGCUGGGCUUGGGUCAGAUCAAACACGUCGAACUCUGGAUGCUAUCGUCAUGUUUAUUGGUAAGAAACUGCAGAGCGGUGGAUGUUCAGGAAGAUUUACACUUCCAGGGGUCGGAAUUUUUACUCUCGACGAUAAAGCGCUAUUAUUCUCUUUCGAUUCAAGUUUGCUUCGUAUGAUCACACAGAAUAAUCAAGUGGAGAUCCCUCCACCGUCUGCAAUAUUCAGAAAGAGCUCCACUGACCUAUUGCGGAAGAAAGCGCUGCAACACAAAAGCGAAGAUAAGACUGCGGGACUACAGCGUUCGAUGUCUUUAGAUAAUACACUCCAAGCCAUAAACAAGUCCAAACUCCACCUCAAAGCGAUUGGCUUGAAUAUAUCUUCACAUGAGGACGACGUGGUUGCACCGAAUCACCGAAGAGGGCACGGCCACAAUGAUGAUAACCCAAAGAAGGAGAAAAGGCGGAAGGAUAUUUUACCCAACGACAGUAACAAUACUGAAGUAGUGUCUCUAAAUGGUAGGCAAAUUCUACCUCGUUUCCUGAUGCCGGAGUCGCGCGUACCUCCCGAGAUGCUGAAGUCACGUCCGGGUCACGAUCAGGUCAUGCAAGCCGCGUACCAGCGCGAGGUGGCCAGUAUUCAGCUGGCGAAGCGCGUAGACGAGCAAUUCAACGACAUGCAAGCUAAUCGACAGCGUGUCGUACAGAUCCAGGACUUGCAGAAGCGAGCAGAACAAAGCGUGGCUCGAAAGGAACUGAAUGCUUAUCUCAACGGCCAGAUCGAGGAAAAGCGGCAUCGGUCGCGUCAGAGAUCCGCCUCCACCGACCAUAGAGCAAUCACAAUCCUACCGUUGGAGCGCGAAAUGAGCGAAGAAAUGAAGCGAAGCGAGAAACAGAAGCUCAACCAGCGACUGAACGAGCAGGUGACGGCCAAGGCGGCGCUCAAGAAGGACAAGCGCACUUUGGACCAAGCCGAAUCUGCCUAUUUCAUCUCCAAAUUGAAGAUACAGGAUGCUUUAGAUCGUCACGAACAGGUAGAGUGGAAACGCGUUGAAAAGGAGACGCUCCUUGCUGGAUGGAGCCAACAGAAAGCUCUGCGUGCCCAGAAGAGGACGCUGGAAGUGCACAUCUGACAACUGUUGCACAAGUCACAGAUGUAGCCAUGUUAAAUAACUGACUUCUGCAUCAAAUAACGUU